AUGGCUCCCGAGCGCGGCGAGCGGUCAGUGCCCGCCGGUACCGAGGGUUUGCCCCGGGCCUUCCUGCAGAGUCUGCGGACGCUUUUCGAUAUCCUGGAUGACCGGCGGCGGGGUUAUGUGCACCUGCGGGAGAUCGAGUCCCGGUGGCGGGGAGCGGAAGCCCGGGAGCUGCCCGCCGGGGUGAUGGAGGGGCUGCGGCGGGCGGCCCCGGCCAGCGGGUACCUCACCUUCGAGCGGUUCGUGCUGGGGCUCCGCGCUGCCCUGCCCGCCGCAGAAACCCCGGCCGAGAGCGGCGGGAGGCGGAACGCGGAGAAGCCGUCGAGCCCGCGCUGUGCCGAGAAGCGGCAGGGGAAGAGCGGGGAGCAGCGGGAGCCGGGGCACGGCCAGUCCCGCAACCGAGGUGGUGAUACCAAGGCUGCUGGGCAGUCCCAGGAAGAUGUCAGCCACGUGUGGAGUGGGGACACUCGGAGGCAUCCGAGGGGACGUGCUGAACACCGGCGACACACCAUCACCAACGGGGUGGACUUCAGCAUGCUGAAGCACAUGAAGGAGCUGGAACAGGAGAAGGAUUUCCUGCUGCAGGGUCUGGAGCUGCUAGAGCGUGCUCGGGAGUGGUACCACCAGCACAUCCAGUUCAUGCAGGAAUCCCAGAGGCUCCUGGGGAAGAACAAAACCAGUGCUGAAUUUCUCCCUGAGAGUGGCCAGAGCCACCUGGGGCGCCUGGUCCCCAAGCUGCAGGAGCUGAACCGCUGCCUGAGUGACCUCCUCUCCACUACCAGCAAGCCAGUGACCUCCUCCUCAGCUCUGAACAGGUUGGUCCCCGUGGCAUCCCCAGCCCCAGCAAGCUCCCAGCAAGCCAUCAACAUGCUGAAGGAGCAAAACCGACUUCUCACCAAGGAGGUGACUGACAAGAGUGAACGCAUCACCCAGUUGGAGCAGGAGAAAUCUGCCCUGAUCAAGCAGCUCUUUGAGGCUCGUGCCUGCAAUAACCAUGAAACCAGCCAGCUAGACUCCACCUUCAUCUAGUGCCCAUCACCCCACUCCCCCUUCUUGACCUUCCCUGGAGGUUUUGUGGGACUCUUGGCCACAACACAAUGCACCCAUUGCUCCAGGUGCCAGAUCUCAAGGUCUGGAGCUGCUGGUGGAAGCUGGGAAGGUGCUUCCCUGCCCCCUUUGGGGGAGCAUCCCCACACUGCUCUGCUGCUGGGCUUUCCAGCUCUCAAGCUGCUCCUUUUCUGUCUCUAAGCAGACUGCAGGGACUUCACCCCCAGCCCCAUGAUCCCCAGUGUGCUGUGGGAAAUGGCUGCUGCCCAUGCUGGGGGGAGCUGCUGUGCCCUGGGCCUGACCUUGGCUAAAUUUUGACUGCUCUGAGAAAAAAGAUGAUGCAUCUUCUUCAACACUCCAGCUGGUAUCUCCAGGCUGUUGAAAGGUGGCCUGGCCUCUGCUUGUUCCACUUGUUAGAGGACAAGAUUGAAGACCCAAUGGGACAUGCCUGGCCCUUCUCUGCUGCCUGAGUUGUUCCUGAACACUACACAGGGCUGGAGCUGUGCCCGAGCUGGGGCUCCUGGGGGUAUUGCCUCUUUCCAAGUUUGUGUGAGUGAUGUUAAAGUCACCAUCUACAUGUCUGCAGGCUUCCAUAGUUAAUGAGCCAGAGACCCAAAGGAGGGAGUCCAUCCAUACCUCUGAGCUGCUGUUUCAGGCUCUUUGCUGAUCAAAGCAGACACCUUGACCUCUGUGUGUUUAGCUUGCCCUGGCAAAUGUUUCCUUCUGACUGCUAGGCUUAGGUUUCUUUCAUGUAUUUAACUCCAAGUGGAGAAGCAGCAGCUUUGCCUGUCCCAGUUUUGUGUGCUGGCUCCCCAGGGUGACAUCCUAGGCAUGAAAUGCACCCUGUUCAGGUCCCUUGGGGUGAUCCUGUUAGACUGGUGCCUCUUAGGAUAUCUCCUUCCCACCCAGCUCAGUGAUACUUGAGCUGAAUGAUGUCUUCCAUAUGGCUUGGUACCUGGUAUUUUUAUUGCUUUUAUAGGAGAUCCUUGUGAAUCCUCAUGUAGCACAGGUCUGGCCUUCUGUAGCUCCAAGACCAGGACCUUUCUCUCCAGGGUUAUUCAUAUUCUGAGUCCUGGCACAAUGCACUGAGCUGGGCAGAAGGUGCUGGACCUGCCCUGGGCUGGGCACCACGCAGACCAAUUCCUUUCUUACUUCUGUUUUUAUCUGUCCAGUGCUGUUUGUCCCAUCCAG